CCGCCGCCAAAUCGCGCUCCCGGCUCUUUCAUCAUAUGCAUGUUCGGCCGGUCUGCGGUCUACGCACAGCCUUUGUCCGUCCAGGAGUACUCUGCAACGUGUUUCGUAGGUCAGUGCGCGCUGGAUAGCGCUUGAUUUGUCACCGUAUUCAUAGCCCCCGACCCUUCAUUCUCCCAUCUCUAAUCUAAUCCCCCCAUCUCUCACCAUGUCGGGCUCGGGGCUCUCGAAUGUCAUCACCACUUUGCUUGCAAACAAUAAUCCUGCGCCUGCUGGAAAGGUCGAGUUGCCAAUGUCCGAGGAUGAGCCCUUAACCGGCAAAGGGUUGGUUUCGGAGAAAUGCGAGCUAAGGAUAGAAGGCAUGACGUGCGGCUCGUGUGUUGAGUCGAUAGAAAGCGUACUCAGGACACAACCAGGAAUAUACUCCGUCAAGGUCGCGUUACUUGCGGAACGUGGCGUGGUGGAAUAUGAUCCCGCUGUGUGGGAUUCGGACAAGCUCAUCGAUGAAAUAUCUGACAUGGGGUUCGAUGCAACACUCAUACCACCGGCGCGCGCAGAUGUCGUCACCCUCCGAGUCUACGGAAUGACAUGCUCUUCCUGCACUUCCACUGUUGAAACAGAAUUGAGUACGCUACCCGGAAUCAGUAGCGUCGCUGUUUCACUCGCCACCGAGACAUGUCGAGUUGAGUUCGAUCGUUCCGCAAUUGGCCCGAGGGAGAUGGUCGAGCGAAUCGAGGAGAUGGGCUUCGACGCGAUGCUCUCAGAUCAGGAGGACGUGACGCAGCUGCGCUCGCUCACGCGCACGAAGGAGAUUCAAGAAUGGCGCCGACGGUUCCAGUGGAGUCUCGCCUUUGCUAUUCCCGUGUUUUUCAUCAGCAUGGUCGUACCGCAUAUCCCACGUGUGUGCAUGCUGUUCAAGAUGCCAUUGAUGCCCGGUCUGUACCUCGGAGACUUGCUCGCAUUGCUUUUGACGACGCCUGCACAAUUUUGGAUCGGCCUGAAGUUCUACAGGAAUGCUUACAAGGCGCUCAAGCACGGCGGCGCAACGAUGGACGUGCUGGUCAUGCUAGGCACGUCGGCCGCCUAUUUUUACUCUCUCGGGGCGAUGAUAUACGCUAUCUACCUGGCGGACCGCAACUACCAUCCAUUCACCUUCUUUGAUACCAGCACCAUGCUCAUUAUGUUCGUCUCGCUCGGCCGAUACCUUGAGAACAAGGCCAAGGGCCGCACCAGCGCCGCGCUCACGGAUCUUAUGGCGUUGGCUCCAUCUAUGGCCACGAUCUAUACGGACGCGCCAGCGUGCACGCAGGAAAAGAGGAUACCCACUGAACUCGUGCAAGUCGGAGACAUUGCCAAGCUCGUCCCGGGUGACAAGGUGCCUGCAGACGGUACCGUCGUCAAGGGCUCCUCCGCCGUCGACGAGAGCGCCGUGACGGGCGAACCUGUGCCAGUACACAAGCAAGUAGGUGACCAUGUCAUCGGCGGCACCGUCAACGGGCUCGGCACGUUUGACAUGCUCGUGACACGCGCAGGCAAGGACACGGCGCUUGCGCAGAUCGUGAAACUCGUCGAAGACGCGCAGACGAGCAAGGCGCCUAUCCAAGCUUUUGCGGACAAGGUCGCGGGAUACUUUGUGCCGACCGUAAUCACGCUCGCGGUCAUCACGUUCUCCGCAUGGAUGAUCAUCUCGCACAUCGUGAGCGACAGCGCGCUGCCGGAAAUGUUCCACAAGCGGGGCGCGAGCAAGGUCGCGGUGUGUAUUCAGCUAUGCAUAUCGGUCGUGGUCGUCGCUUGCCCGUGUGCGCUCGGCUUGAGCACGCCCACGGCCAUCAUGGUCGGCACAGGUAUGGGUGCGAAGAAUGGCAUUCUGAUCAAGGGCGGGCGGGCGUUGGAGGCGAGCAGGUCGAUCAGGCGCAUUAUUUUAGACAAGACCGGUACCGUCACCGAGGGCAAGCUCACCGUUGUCAGUGCAGUUUGGGUGCCAUCUGCAGACCACGAUGAGCUUCACGCUCAUGCCAAUGGAGCUAUUGGGACCCUUGGGGAGGCAUCGCUCACUGCAAAAUGUGCCGAGGGACUAUCGCGUGCGGAGGUCAUCGCUAUGGUCGCGGCAACAGAAGCGCGGUCCGAACAUCCCUUAGCUAAGGCCGUCGCUACAUAUGGCAAGAAUUUGCUAGCACAGUCUAUCUCCGCUUCGCCACUGGCCACUAUCGACUCUUUCGAGGGCGUGCCUGGUGCCGGAGUGAAAGCUAGCGUCACCUUGUCGGGGUCGAAGGGACGGUACACUGUCUACGUCGGACAUCCACGGUUCGUGUUGCAGUCGGAUGAUGCCCAACUGCCGUCGUCGCUCUCCAUCUUCAAAACGCAGGAAGAGUCACAGGGCUUGACCACCAUCUUCGUAUCCGUAUCUGUCAAUUCAUCACGUCCCACGCCUGUUCUCUCCAUUGCUCUCUCAGACGUUCCCCGAGCGUCGUCCGUGCAUGCUAUCAAGGCGUUGCAAGCAAUGGGCAUUGAGGUCAACAUGAUGACAGGUGAUGGCCGAGGGACUGCACUCGCCGUCGCCAAGCAGGUUGGCAUCAAACCUGAAGGGGUUUGGGCAAAUAUGAGUCCAAAAGGAAAAGCUACUGUCGUUACGGAGCUCAUAGAGAAGCACGGCGCUGGAGUCGCAAUGGUCGGCGAUGGCAUAAACGACUCUCCCUCCUUGGUGGCAGCCUCAAUCGGUAUUGCUCUGUCCUCAGGCACCUCGGUUGCUAUCGAGGCAGCGGAUAUCGUCCUCAUGCGCUCAGAUUUACUCGACGUUGUCGCCGCUCUCCAUCUCUCGCACGCCAUCUUCGCUACCAUCCGACGCAACCUAGUGUGGGCGUGCAUCUACAACCUGCUGGGCAUACCGCUUGCAAUGGGGUUCUUCCUGCCGCUCGGCGUGCGCCUGCACCCCAUGAUGGCAGGUGCGGCCAUGGCGUUCUCUUCCGUCAGUGUGGUGACAAGUUCAUUGAUGCUGAGGUGGUGGACAAGACCGCCAUCAAGCGUCAUGCCUGGAGAGGUUGUGCCCCGGAAUUCGAUGUGGGAUGGCCUACAGGCUAUCGUUUCUGACUUCUGGGGCGGCAUCAAGAGCCUCUUCCGGGGAAGCAGAUCGGCGGGUUACACUCCACUCCCUGUCGAGAUGAUUGAGACGGUUUAGCAUCUUCAGGACGUGAUGUUUCUGUCGUAGAUUUUAUCUCUUAUUUCCCUCACAACGCAACAACAGUCCUUCUCCCCGGUUGUACUAAUAUUUUCCAGUUGAGCAGUCAACGGUCGUAAUUAUCUCGAGAUGGCCUAUGCUGUCCCACCGGAACAAUAGACAAGAGCGUAUUGUCACACUUCCUCUAAUCCCGCGGACGGAUGGGGCGUGUUAUCAAUGCAGAUGGGUGGCUUCGAUAUAUGUAUUUUGAUAUGGUGAAUCCGGAACUUGGAGUCAGUUUCUAAUGGAGAAAUC